UGGAGCAGCAUCUGCAUUGAAUGUUCAGAAUAAUGAACAACAGCCAAACUCUCACAACUGUUACUCUCUGCAGCAACAGAAGCAACUAUGAGGCAAGUUCCCUAUUCCUUCAGCAUAUCUGGGAUUUCAUCUUGUCCCAUCAAGACAUCAUCAGGUCUCCCUUCUAUCCAGUCCUGUACUCCUUCACAGUCUACCUGGCUUUCUGCAUUCCUUACCUGAUCUUGGAUGCAGUGGCUCCUGUCUUCCCUGCUCUGAAGAGGUGCCAGGUGCAGCCACGUGGUGCCAGACCCACGUUGGCCAUGGUGAUGCACUGCUUGGCACACACGGUGUACAGCCACUUGGUGUUCAUCUUCCCAGUCACCGUUGCCUAUUGGUACUGGAGACCAGUGAACCUGCCACGUGUGGCACCAGAACUCCACCGCCUGGUCCUGGAUGUGGUGGCAUGUCUUCUCCUGUUUGACUUUCAGUAUUUUGUGUGGCAUGUGCUGCACCACAAGAUCCCCUGGCUGUACAAGACAUUCCACAAGAUGCAUCACAAGUACACCUCCACCUUUGCCCUGGCCACCCAGUACUCCAGUGCCUGGGAGAUGAUGUCCCUUGGUUUCUUUGCUGGGGUGAGUCCUAUUGUGCUGGGGUGUCACCCCAUGACAGAGAUGGCAUUCUUCGUGGUCAACAUCUACCUGUCUGUGGAAGAUCAUUGUGGGUAUGACUUCCCUUGGUCAACACACAGACUCAUCCCAUUUGGUCUGUGUGGUGGACCUGGACAUCAUGAUAUGCAUCAUGAAAAAUUUGUCUCUAACUAUGCUCCUUAUUUUACACACUGGGACAAGCUAUUUAAUACACUUGCACAGAAGUCUGUGACGAAGGAAACGAGCAAAGAUACAUGAUCACGCUUACAAGAUAUGUUCCAUGCUGGAAGAAUAUUCUGCACUGAAGAGACAAGAGGAUGUCCAUUCCUGAAUUAGUGGACUGAGGUUGAGGACCAUCUUCUGGGAAUACAAGAUAAGACUUUAAGAAAACUGAGUAUGUCUUGUACAGUACACUCUUGAAACUCACGUGCUGAGUUCUAAGCCCUGACAGUAUUUAUCAUCAGUAUCUUCAAUCAACAUUAGCACUUCCGUUAUUAGAAUGCUCACAGAGUUCUAUGGUCAAUGAUGGGUCCAGCUGUGAGCAUCCUUCAGCCUAUCUCCAGUUGUUCAAGUUGUUUACUGCAGUCUUUCUAAUGAGA